CCAGGAGCCGCGGUUGACAGGUACUUAACAACAACAAAAAAAUGCAUGUUUUCCCAUCAUGUCUCUCCGUGCAGUAGCUCUCGCCAGCUACAGCAGGACAGAAGUCUUCAAGCAGCCCUGCUCCAAAAAGCUAAACCACGAAAGCCUAAAGGUGGCUUUCAAUGAGUCAGCGUAUUCUUCAAAUCCCUCGGCGAGGAUUAGCUGCCUAGCUCCGACACCUCAAAUCUCCGUUCUCUCAGACGAAUACUCAAGGCCAGCAGUGAUCGGACAUGCUGGAAGUUUUGGAUCAUACCCAGACAGUGCUGAAGCUAUCAAAGACAUUCUCAUGUCUGUUUUAAAUGCAUCUGGUUUGAAGCCCUCUUUGGUGCAGGAGCAGACCACAAUGCAGGGAGCUGAGCAUCUGGACAGUGACAUGGAACAGUGGGAAGAAAGCAGCGCUGGGGAUAGCCGUGAUGACAGUGACAGCGAUUCUGCACAUCACAGUGCUGCUUGUACACAAACGGACAUUCGGUUUACAAGGCACCGGGCAUGUUGGGACAACACGCACUAUGAUUCCUCUAAACCUUCGCUGGAUACUUUCUUUUGUCCCCGUUACUCUGAUGGGGAUCGUGCUGCUUCCUCCUUGAAUGGUUUCACUCUUGCAGACGUGUCCCCUCUGAAGCGGGAUUGCUUUACCCAGGUGACAUUAACAGGAGGCACUGUCACAUCAGCUGUCGUGCAUUCUGGAAAAGAACAUUAUACCUCCCCUGAACAAGACUUGACUUUCACAAGGUUUCUUUCCGAUUCAGCUGUUGGUAAGCCAGCAGAUCUGUUGAAAUACCCUGACGCUUUGGAGCCUUUGCCCAUCAGCAACAGUGACAGCAAUUCUCCCAGUGGACUUUCCCAGUCAGAGCCAGUCAAUCAAACAGGUUCUACUUCUCUGAACAUAAGUGCUAUACCGUUGAAUCGUUCGUUGCAAGACAUCUGCAUGCUUCCAGAAGAUGUGGAGAAGGAAAACGCGCACUUUUUUGUCGCAGAUAUGAUUAUAGCAUCCUUAGAAAAAAUGAAAUGUAAUAUCCUAAGCCAACAAACAGAGUCCUGGGGCGCGGAGGAAACAAAUGGAUCAGAUGGCAGCUAUCACACUGAUUCAGAGUUAUCUUCUUACCCUGGAGUGAAGAAGUCUGAUUCUUCUGUUGCCUCGUCAGACAGUGGUUACGAAGGCUGUGCUUUGCUGCCUGUCAGCUCCCCAGUGCAUCUACCAUCACGUCAUGAGAUUACUAGAUUUCGUUGCCACAGUGACUCAGAGGAUGAAUAUGUAAUUAUUGAACUUGAAGACCUUGAAAAUCUGUCUGUCUCCCCAGAUGAAAGAUCAUCUUCUGAACCAGGCAGCAAUUCUGCUGAAGCAACAGCCCAGGAGUUAUGCAGAGCUUUCAGAAAACACUGGCUGCAGACAGACUCUGCAGUUCAACUGUCUGGUUGCCUGAGCUCAUCUAAGCAGAGAGUGAAAGAGAUUCCAAGAGAGCUUGAGUCCAGUUUGAAUCUGGCUGAAGAAAUAAAGUUCAUAUCCAAAUUAAGAGGAUGUUCUGGCUGGGCCCCACCAAGAUCGCAGAUUAUAUUUAAUAUUCACCCUUCAGUCAAGAGAGAUGCAGUGGUGGCUGCCCAAAACUUUACUUGUGUUGGUUGUGGAACCCCGAUAGAAAGCAAAUAUAUCAGGAGACUCCGCUAUUGUGACUACCUGGGGAAAUACUUUUGUGACUGCUGCCACAGCUAUGCCCAGUCUUCCAUUCCUGCUCGAAUACUUUUGAAGUGGGACUUCAAAAAAUACUAUGUAUGCAACUUCUCCAAACACCUACUGGACAGCAUAUGGCAGCACCCAAUUUUCAAUGUGUCAUGUAUUAACAAAGCCCUCUACACAAAAAGUAAAGAAAUGGACAGGGUGAGGGAGGUGCAAGAACAGCUCUUUCAUUUAAAAAAGCUUUUGAAAACCUGCAGGUUUGGUGAAAGUGUACUGAAAGAAUUUGAACAGGUUCCCAGCCAUCUGACAGAGGAGCUGCAUCUCUUCUCACUGGAUGAUCUGGUGAAGAUCAAACGAGGGCAGUUAUUGCCCCUUCUUAAAGAUAUUCUGAAGAGCUCUACCUCCCAUGUGGAUGGCUGCGAGCUCUGUCAAGCGAAGGGGUUUAUCUGUGAAUUCUGUCAGAGCGCAGAUCUGCUCUUUCCAUAUCAGAUUGCCAAGUGCAAAAGGUGUACAGAGUGCAAAACAUGCUUUCACAAAUCAUGCUUCAAGUCUGGAGGCUGCCCCAAAUGUCUGCGGAUUGCAGCUCGGAGGACGCUUUCAGAAACUCCGUCACUGGUGCCUCCAUGA